CAGCUACUGAGAGCCAGAGACCGGAGAUGGAAGGGCUUCAGGGAAAGGAUCCAAGGCAAGGCAUUCAUGUCUAGCAGCUCCCAUCUACUCCAUCAGUCUGCACAGCAAGGAUGAAGCCUGGAAAAGGAAAAGCUAGUUACACAGAGAGGGACUUUAUAUACAAGUUCCAUGAUGGGUCUCAGAGCUUCGACCUGUCUGUGCCCCUCCAGUUCCCGGUCCAGGAGAAUCUGGAUCACUUACAUGGAAGAUUAAUGCUGCUGCAUGAUUUGCCCUGUUUCAUUGAGCAAGAUCUAAAAAAAUCCCUCUGUCACUUUGUGGAAGAGGAAACCAUUAAAGACUUUGACCGAGAAGCAGAGCAGGCCCUGGAGGCUGUGAGGUCAGGUGAGGUGGAUGCUGGGACAUUGGCCAACGCCUGGAUGAAAUCCUAUACAGAGACAACACUGGAACAUUCCCGACCGGAGGAGCCUAACUGGGAUGAAGACUUUGCUGAUAUUUAUCAUGAUCUCAUCCAUUCCCCGGCUUCAGAGACUCUGCUCAACCUGGAACACAAUUACUUUGUCAGCAUUUCUGAGCUGCUGGGGGAAAGAGAUGUGGAGCUUAAGAAACUACGAGAACGCCAAGGUUUAGAGAUGAACAAAGUGAUGCAAGAACUGGGCAAGUCCCUCAGUGACCAAGACGUAAACUCAGUGGCAGCACAACAUUUUGAAUCGCAGCAGAUUCUGGAAAACAAGUGGAUUACAGAACUGAAGCAGUUGUCCACCAUCCAGAAGCAAGAGUAUCAGGAGUGGGUAAUAAAGCUACACCAGGACCUCAAGAAUCCCAACAACAGCUUCAUCAGCGAGGAAAUUAAAGUCCAGCAAAGCCACCUUCAGGAAUCCACAGAGACCAGCCACUCUUUGUAUGAGGAACAUGGGCAGCUGGAGGAAAGUUUUACUAUUCACUUGGGGGCUCAGCUGAAGACCAUGCACAAUUUGAGGCUGCUGAGAGCGGACAUGUUGGAUUUCUGCAGACAUAAACGCUAUCAUCGGAGCGGAGUUAAACUGCACAGACUGCAGACCGCACUCUCCUUGUAUUCAGCAUCGUUGUGUGGUCUAGUCUUAUUGGUGGAUAACCGUAUCAAUUCUUACAGUGGUAUCAAAAGAGAUUUUGCCACAGUAUGCCAGGAAUGCACCGACUUCCAUUUUCCACAGCUGCAGGAGCAGCUGGAUGUUGUUCAGCAAGUUGUCCUGUAUGCCAGAGCUCAGAGGAACCAGAAGGCUAAACAUCAGCAAGACACCACCAAUGAGAAUGAAGCACGUGAUAAAGUAAAAAGCAGCGAGAGAAACCAGUGUAAUUUAUUGCCUGGGGAAUUUUACGUCACGCGGCACUCCAACCUGUCAGAAUGUCAUGUGGUUUUUCAUCUUUGUGUGGAUGAUAAUGUGAGGAAUGGGAAUAUAACCGCCCGUGAUCCAGCCAUUAUGGGCCUGAGAAACCUCUUAAAAGUGUGCUGCACCCACGAUAUUACCACUAUCAACAUCCCUUUGCUGCUGGUCCAUGAAAUGUCUGAGGAAAUGACUAUACCGUGGUGUCUGAAGAGGGCCGAACUGGUGUUUAAGUGUGUCAAAGGUUUCAUGAUGGAAAUGGUUUCCUGGGAUGGAGGGGUGUCCAGGACAGUGCAAUUUCUUGUACCACAGAAUAUCUCGGAGGAAAUGUUUUAUCAGCUGAGCAAUAUGCUCCCACAGAUCUUCCGGGUCUCUUCAACACUUACCUUAACCUCAAAACGCUGAGACGAGCAAGACUGCAUUUUGGAUUGUUGGCGUUCUUUCCAGCAUGUGAAUUACCUACCCCUUGGAAUGCUAUCCUGAUUCUCUGUGUUUACAAGCUCCAGCACACUGGCCGCCUUAUUGACAACAGAGGUUGUAGAAUGGUUAUCCCCAAGAAACUGGCACCUGGUAGUAUUUGGCACAGAGAAAAAAAAUGAAAAGCCUUCCCUGAAUCACCCAACCCUAACUUUAAUCUUAGGUUUAUCUUAAGACAGGCAGGAGGAAUGGACAGCACUGGCAUGGGACCCCAGAAGAAGAGGAUUGAGGCUGCUCUGUGCAAAAUCAUUGCACAGAGCAGGUAAAUAAUAACAUGGUUGGUAUUUAACAACCAAAAAACAGAACCGUUACAGUCACUUUAGUCCAGGGGUGCCCAACCUUUUCAAGAGCAAGGUCCAUUUAAGCGACUUGGUAACCAGUCGCGGGCCACAAA